AUGUCUCGCGCCGACUCUACGUCUCCUCCCCCUUACUCUUAUGAGAACUCCUCCUUUGCGCCUCCGCCGCCUCAAGCGGGCCAGAUCUCGCGUAGUUGGGACUUCCAGAUGAAGUUCGAGGCGGCGCAUGAAGACGUUCGUUGGGCUCUUUUGCAUACUAUCACCGCGUGGAAAGUGACGGGGACUGGUCAAUCUUGGGAUCAUAUACCCCGGCAUAACAUCCAGAACGCAUACGAUGCAGCUCCCCAGGAUCUCAAGCUAGCUCUCGACUACAUUUCUCAGUAUAACCUCACAUGCUACUUCAACAACGACACGGACAGACGCAGACAUCUCUACUUCAGUCGUCGCGACGCUGGUUGGCCGCCUGUUGGAGGGCCCCGUGUCUUGUUGAGUGCAGACCAGUUUGUGCACGAGUUCUCCUCUGUGAGAGAAAGGGUACAGAAGGCUGUCUUAAUGUCUGUUGAGGGAUGGGAGCGGAAGCGGACAGGGAGGUUCCAACAGGUUCACCCCGACUCGUUGUAUACCUGGUACCAACACGCGUCUAAUGAAUACAAGAUAAUGCUUAACUGGCUUUUGGAAAUAGGCGGGGACUGGAGCAUCGGCCGUCUCCAGAAUAUACAGACAAUUGAAGCACAAACUCGCGCCUCCUUCAACAGGAUACACCAGGAGAGGCAGAAAGCUCGAGCGAUAUUGAGGCAUUUCAGUCCAUGA